AUGUGGAGCAGGGGCUUGGAGUUGGCUCAUCAGAAGAGUGAAGCGGUGAUCCUGGCACGGAAACGGGCGUUUUUCUCACCCCGACUGACGAUCAACAGCCACCUGAUCCCAUUGCGAAAUGAGAUCAGGUACCUCGGCGGACUCGGGGUCAUUCUAGAUAAGCGUCUGACUUUUGCAGCCCACGCGAAUACUGUCGUAACGAAUGCAGCCUACUCAGCCGCUACUCUGUCCAGGCUUAUGCUGAACAUAGGCAGACCGGUUCAAUGGAAGAAGAGGCUGCUAGCGUCUGUUGUAGAAAGUCAGCUGUUGUACGCAGCUCCUGUCUGGAUAUCCGCCAUCACAGAUGUCACCAGAACCAGAGCGAUCUUGAUCCGUCUACAGAGGACGCCACCAUGA